UUAAUUUCCUUUACCCCCAAAUUUCCUUCAUUUCUAGCCAAAAUUUAAAUGAGUAUCUCCUCUAGUCAAAGUAGUGACGACUCAAAUCCUGAUAAAGUUGCCAGUAAGCCUAUAGAUAUUCCAGGUCAAGCUUGCUGAGAGCACUCUAGUAAGGACUCUUGCUGAAUCUUCCUCUCAGAGCCUCUCUGAGAGGAAUGAAUCAGCAAAAAGCCCCCUUUAGGUAUGGAAACUCUAGUCCAGAAUAAGCUUGAUGCCUAUCUUCAGGAUGUGACCAGAUCAAUCCAAGAAUUAUCCACUAGAAUGAAAUAAUGCCAAAAAUCCCAAAUUUUUGAAGGAAUCUGUUGUUGAUUUCUUCUCACAGAGAAGAGCUGAUGCUCAUUUCUUGGAGAAGAAAAUUACUAAGAAGGUAUCUAAAUCUGAUGAUUUGCUCCGCAUGAUGCGGAAGGAUAUCAUGCCAGAUAAUUACAAGGCUUUGCUAAGGCAGAAGAUGGCUCAGAAUAUUUUGAAGCAACCUCAAAUGCUUCAGAGCUUGAGCUUUGCUCAAGCUCAACUUAUUGAGGAUCAGCCAGAUAGGUUCGAGGACCUUCCAGCAUACUUUGGGCCUGCAACGAGACCUCUUAGUGUCCAACCUCCAAGCUUGUAUCAACAGCACACCAUGAUGGAAGAAAUUGAGGAGAAAAAGAUCAUAAAUACUGUUCAAUUCCCACCUCCUCCAAUGCUGGCAAUCAAGUAUGGAGAAGAGCAGGAAGAAGAGCAAUUUAAAGAAUAUGGAUUUAACCCUGAUCUUAAGACUCCAUUUAAGCCGAAUGAAAAUCCAGCUGAAGUUCAGGAGAUAGAUAAAAUUUACAAGCAUUUCUAUACCUUAAAGUCUGAAAACUUGCAUAAGGUAUCAAUUCAUUCAACGCUGAUGACACCACCAAUUCUGUCAUGCCCGACUAUUCUUUAUGCACGAAUUGCAUAUUUCCCUGAUGACAGUCUGUACCUCCUGGGAGGUACAUCAGACUUUGAGUACAGACAGGUCUCAAAGAUGAUGUUCAAGGUGAACCCAGGGACUAGCAAGUUCUUCAAUGCUGAGCCCAUGCUACAAGCGCGAGCCAACUUUGGCAUAACUGUUUGCAUUCAUACGAAGAAGAUUUUUGUUGCUGGUGGAGACCUCAGCCUGACAAACACAAGCAAUGAGGCUGAGUAUUAUAACUGUGAAGAAAAUACCUGGUCAUCGCUUGGCAAAAUGCAGCUCAAAAAGUCAGCAACCAGCCUCUUACUGAUAGGCCAGAGAUAUUUAUACUCUUUUGGAGGAAUCUGUAAGGAGAAGAUAGAUUCCCCCAUCAUCGAUAGGAUUGAAAGAACUGACCUUCAAGAAGGGAAUGGCCAGUGGUUACUUCUAAAUCUGCUUCUGCCAACCCCUAUCAGUGAUAUUGGUUGAGUACAAGCAAGUCCAGAAGAAAUUCUUCUCUUUGGUGGUUGGAACAAAGAGCCUGUCGACAGAAUGUUCAUUAUCCGAAUCCAAAACAGUAUGCAUUAUCUAGUGAGAUAUGAGAAUACAAUGAACCAGCCUGAUUCCUUUACUAUCAACGGAGUCUAUUCCCUUGAAAAAAGUGGCAUGAGGGUCUGAGGUCAGAGAUAUGUCCAUAUAUUCAACUGUGAACGGAUGAAUUUCACCUCAAGAGAAAUUCUUGAAAGGGUAGUUCAAAUAUAA